GGAAGCUCCCCGCACUCGUGCCAUUGCAUCAUACACAAUCUUACGCAACGACAAGCUAUUGAAUCCUUAUGAUCUAACAGCUUGAAUUUGGGCUUAUUGAUCGAAAAAAAAAAGAAGAAACCUUGUGAACAUGUUUCGCAACUCCAUUCGAGGUCAACGAGCCUCAAAAUUUAUGCAGCGACGAUGUUUCACAAGUACUAUCUCACGACAGGCUGAUUUUACACAUGCUGUUAUCGGCGGAGGUGCAGUAGGCCUUGCAAUUGCGAGACAGUUGGCAGGUAGAGAUGGGACAAGCACAUUACUUCUCGAGCGAAAUAGUGCCGUGGGAAUGGAAACCAGUUCGAGGAAUUCUGAAGUCAUCCACGCUGGUCUUUAUUAUGGCGCCGAUUCCCUCAAAACCAAAGUAUGCAUUCGGGGUCGUCAGAUGCUCUAUGCCCUCUGCGCCCAAUACAACAUCCCCCACAAAAACAUGGGCAAAUGGAUCGUAGCCCAAACAGACCAACAAUAUGAAGAACUUGUCAAAGUCCACGAGUUCAGCAAAACGCUCGAGAAUGUCCCGACGCAUUUCGUAUCGUUGAAACAGGCGGCCAUUGAAGAACCAUAUGUGCGCGCGCAAACGGGGAUUCUCGCAAGUCCUUCGACGGGAAUCGUAGACUCGCAUGCGUAUAUGCAAUUUCUGCAUGGGGAUUUCGAGGAACGCGGUGGGGAUACCGCGUUGAAUAGUAAUGUGGUUGCCAUUACUCCAUUAGGGAAUAAGGGGAGUCUGGGCUGGGAAAUCCUCGUGCGGGAUAAAGCGAGCGGGCAAGAAAAUACAUUCACCGCGGAAAGCAUUGUCAAUUCCGCCGGCUUGGGAGCUUGCGAUGUGAAUAACAUGAUUGUGUCUCCUGAUCAACAUCUCACGCAGUAUUACGCAAAGGGGAAUUAUUUCUCCUAUUCGCCCAGCACGCCCAGCACCAAACAUCUUAUCUAUCCGGCGCCGGAGCCGGGGCUCGGAGGCCUGGGCACGCAUCUCACGCUGGAUAUCGCGGGACGUAUUCGCUUUGGACCGGAUGUGGAGUGGGUUGAUAGCGCGGAGGAUUUGGCGGUGAAUAGCUCGCGCUUGCCGCAGGCGAUCGAGCAGAUUCGACGAUUUUUGCCGGAUGUGAAGAUUGAGGGGAUUCAACCGGAUUACGCGGGCAUUCGACCGAAGUUGGCGAGGGGCGGGGCGGUGGGGAGUGGGAAGGGGUUUCAGGAUUUUGUGGUUAGGGAUAUGGCGGGGGAGGGCUGGAGUGGGUGGGUGAAUUUGUUGGGUAUUGAGAGUCCGGGGUUGACGAGCAGUUUGGCGAUUGCGGAGGUGGUGGAGGGGGGGUUGUAUAGGUGAAAUAUGGGGGGGGGGAUAAUGAAUUAUAAUUAUGAUUGAUAGUAUAAUAGUAUAUAUGAUGAGUGAGGAGACAUAUCCAGAUACGACUAUCCAUCCAUCCAUCCAUCGAUACCCACCAAGAAUAGGCAGAGAAACCCCAAGCAAAGAAAACAACCGAAUCAUCAUACGAUCGAAAUAGCAAAACGAGAUAUCAAACCCAACCCACCAAAUCAUUCCCGGGCUAAAGAACCGACGGAUGUAAAUAGGUAGAUCGAUAGAUACAUGAGCAUCUUUCACACGACACACCCAAUCCGAUCCGAUCCCA